AUGGGUAAUAGCGAAGCACGUGUCAAACGAGGCAAAACACUUUCUGAUAGUGAUGUCAGUGAAUUAUCCAAUUUAUCUGGUUUUACUCCACAACAAGUACGAGAAUGGCAUUCAGGCUUUUUGAAAGAUUGUCCAAGCGGAAGACUAAAUAAAAAAAAAUUUAUUGAAGUUUAUAAGCAAUUUUAUCCAACUGGUAAAGCCGAAAAAUUUUGUGAAUAUGUUUUUCGUACAUUCGAUACAGAUGGUUCAGGCAAUAUAGGUAUGUAAUAAAUAACUAGAAAAAGAAUUUUAAGAAUAAUUACAACCAUAAAAAAGAAUCGAGAUAACUUUACAUUGACGAAAUAUAUUUAGCAUAGACAAUCGGAGACUCUAGGGG